AUGGAGAGUUCACGGGUCGCACUGUUGAUUAUUUUACUUAUUUUCGUCUUCCUCACCCCUGAACAGCCUGCGCGACGCUUGCGCCAAAUCGACGCGGAUCGUAUCGGGGAUGAGCGCCGAGCAGGACUUGAUGUUCUGGCAAACUCAACUUAUGGUCAACUCAACCCAAAGGCAGAUAGGUGGUUGAACCUGACAGGCUUCCGAGAAGCUGAUGGCUACAAAUGGGAUUCCCUAUCACUUGCGCAGGACCUGAGCCGGGCCCAGUUUGACACCAACUGGGAUGGGAUCGAUGUGACCGAUGACUUGCCCAUCUUCCAGAGGGUCACAGGGGAGAUUCGCGGCAAGUUUCACCGAAACGAUAUCUCUGGCAUCUCCCCAGUCAUCAACCUGACGGCCCUGGACCCGAGAGUCGACUACUUUACACCCAGAUUCGAAAGGAAUAUCACCGAGCAUGAAGGCGAGCUUAGCCUAUCCAUCUACGAUUCCCAUGAGAGGCUGUUCCGAGAAGCUUCCUCGAUCCAAGCAGACAUUUACAUUUGGACAGACUCCUCCCCUGGCAAUGGUUGGCAGGCCAAGCUCCAUGGUGUUCAUCUGGCUUCGGGCCAGAUCAUCAUGUCCACAACUUCCUCCAAGUUCGAUUCUCUCCCUGCUCUUCCACAUUUUGCCCUGGCAGCCGACGCCUUUGGCGCAUCAGUGCCUGUGAUGAACAAAACGGUGCACAAAAUGUGGGAUAAAACGUUCGAUGAUGGAGCCGAUGGACUUGCAUUUGCCCCUCAGUGCGAGCUCAUCGUCUGGCUGCAGCCAAUACCAUAUAGAUUUCCAAGUCUCGAUUCGACGAGAGCCACCGACUUCCUGCAUCGAGUCGAACAGGAGCUUUCUGAUCCUGACGGGGCUCCUGUAGGGAAACCUCCACCACUGAGUUUUUCAGCCGUGAUUUUCUCCCCUGACUGCGGCUACAUCCUGUCAUCUCCCGCGAUAUUUGGACCGAAGGUUGAGACAUACUGGACUCUGGCACAACGCUUGCUGUUCGCGUACGUUAUCUCUAUUGGAAUGCAGAUUGCCCUUCUCAAGCGUCAAAUGGAAAAGGCUUCGACUCCCUCGACCCGGAGCCGCAUCGCUUUCCAGAGCAUCGUCAUUGCUGCUCUUGGUGAUGGCCUGCUCUUGUUUGCGCUUAUGGCUCUACUCAUGAUAGAUGAUGCAGCUUUCUUGAUGGUUGCAGCAGCAGCCUACUUGGCCUGCAUACACGUUGCCUUUCUGGAGGUCAAGUUCGUCUUUGACAUAUGGACAGUCCAAGUCGGCGACCCUGCACGUGCAGAACAGGAGCGUCAACAGAGGACGGCCACAACACCAGCAGCUGCACCGGCUCCCGCAUCGACCGACGUACGGACAUCAAGCGCUGACGGCGCUGUUGGCCUACCGCUUCCAGUCACCGCUCCAAGGCCUGAAGGGGCCACUCCAGUGAUUGUGCCCUCCGAUCAGGGUAAUCCUGUGCCAGCGGAGAUUCCAAGCCCGCGAGCGUCAUUCGCCGCCAUCUAUAGCCGAUUCUACUUCUCACUCGUCAUGCUGAUGUUCUUCUCCCUUUGGGCGACGACAUGGCCAAGAAGCUUACGAUCGGCCUAUGCCAAUCUCUUGGUAUUCUGUUACUUCUCCUACUGGUGGCCUCAGAUCUACCGCAAUGCAAUGCGUAAUUGUCGAAAAGCUUUGAGCUGGGAAUAUGUGGUCGGAACAAGUAUUCUCCGCGCAGUGCCGAUUCUGUACUGGUAUUUCGCCGAUAACAACCUCCUUGCGAUCGAUACAAGCCCGACCGCAGCUGUCAUCUUGCUAAGCUGGUUAUGGCUUCAGGUUGCUCUUCUUACCAGCCAACAGUUCCUGGGACCUCGCCUUCUCGUGCGAGAUUCCUGGUGCCCGCCAGCUUACGAUUAUCACCCUCUGCUUCGCGAGGAUGACGUUGAAGCGAAUGGAAUGUCCAUUGGGCGGCUCGCAUCCGCGUCUGAAGCUAAAGACAAAGACGACAGAACGCGCAAGGUAUUUGAUUGCGCCAUUUGUAUGAACGAGAUCGACGUACCUGUUCUGUCCAAGGCAGACAAUGCCAGUGGGAGACCUCUCACCAGAGGCAUAUUUUUCAUGCCGAAUGUCUCGAGGGUUGGAUGA